CAUUUAUUGCAGCAAUGGGUGUUGGAACCAACUCUCCAGCGUGUGUCUUUCACAUGAACUGAGGAAUGUUGUUGGGUCACUUGAUACAGGGUGGCACCGGCAGUCAGGCUGAAUGGUUGUCUCAGUGUAGUCAGAGUUGUUUCCUUAUCCUAAUACACCUUAUAUCUGUUGCUCCUGUCUGUAUGGGGGGAGUUCUCUUUUGCUAUCUAUUCAACAGGUAUUAGGACACGCUCUGUCUGUUUUAUCAAAAGUCCCCGAGGGAAAAGGAUCCAGUGAAGCAAUGUAUUCAGAUGGGCUGAACGCUGUUGCAAUCCUUGAAGUCAUCUUUGGAUCUAUUUUUUCCUUUGUCCUGCUUUUCGUUCUGAUUAUCUGCUGCGCGUGUCCUUGCUGCUUGAUUUACAAAAACUGUCACAAGAGACAUAACCAAGUUGUGACGACCACCACCCAUGUAGUCAACGUACCCAUGCAGCCGCACCCCCCUCAUCCAUCCUACCCAGGCUACCAGCCUGUGCCUGGCCUGGAUGGAUAUGGAGGCCUGCCGGGAGCCACAGCCCCACCACAUUCAUACAUGGAAGCAGCUCAUCCAGCUUACUCUCCAGGUCAAUUUCCUCCGGGCCAGCCGAUGAACCCGCUUCCACCUCCUGGACAGUAUUAUCCACCACCGCCACCAUAUUCAGACGACAGGGAACAUCCACCCUACAACCCCUCAUUUGGCCCAAAGGCCUGAACUGCAGCAUCUUUCUCAUGGGACUGUGUGAGUGGAUGUGUGUAGUAAAGCUGCUUUGUUCGAUGUCACAUUCAUGUUAAAAAUAUUCAAUUGGAGAAAAGUACAAUUUUAUAACUUAACUUCCAGAAAUUGUUGCUGCCUUUUGCUGCUGUUUUUUGUAUUUACAAACCUUAUUAUAAUUAUUCAGAGUAUAUUUUUCAGCAGUUUCCCAUUUUAAAAUAUGAUAAUGUUUAUAUGUUGUGUUGAAUGUAUAAAAAAAGGAAAGAUCAGACACACGUUUCAAAUCGGUGAGAGCACAACCAUCAAGGCCAAUUAAACUGAUAAUUAUUAUUCAUCAGUACAACUCAGAUUCCAUCAUUAAUAUUCAUAAUGCCCUGAAGUCUAGAUUCUCUCAGUUGAACGACGAGUCAACUUUACUAUUUUUUUGAUUGAACUCAAUCUGCCACUAGAGGUCGCCACCACCCCACUUCUGUAUAGAAGGGUACACGUUAAGCUGUUGCUACACAGGGUUGUGUUUUCAAAUGCUAAUAAAUAAACCUGACAAAAAACAUUUGUUUAAUUUUUUCGCAAAGAUCCCGGAUUAAAAUCCCAGGUGCCUUCAUCUUAACCAACCGAUGAGCUGGGUAACAUGGUUUACUGCUCUGUUUCAACUUUAGGGGAAUAAUUACAGAGGCGGACACACUCCCACCUUGAAACUUUCAGUUUGAUGCCUACAACAGAAUAACACAGUGUAAUCAUCUGAUGCCUUUAAUUGCAUUGAAAUGAUGCAAUUUUUAACAGAUGCUGCAGCACUUUCACUGGAUGAAUCUGCAGCACAGCAAAAGAAAGCCACACAGGCUCCAACAGCACUCUCUGUGUUGUGUAACCUAAAGCAUCUCCAGAGAUCAUUAAGUACAAGCUUUUGCCUAUUCGGCCCAAGUACGUAGACUGGAUUAUUAAAACACAUUUUUUAUCCUGUC